UGGGCGACCGGCGGCGUCGGACCCUGGAGCACGGCCGGCCCCCUCGAACCUCGGCGUCGCGCCUCACCAGGCCGCCCCCUGGGCGUCCGAAGUGCGCCGGAGGCCGCGGGCGGCAAGUUUUGACAGCGGGCGCUGGGCUAGCCUGGAACAAAAGGGAAGUGUCGGGAGGCUCGGCCGUACCCGCGUACAGGGUGUGAGGUGCUCUCGGAGGCGUCCUUCCCUCGGGGUGAAUGAAGCCCGGUAUUACGGGCCUGGGCUUCCCUAGGUGCUGUGACCGUGUAGCGAUAUGUGAAGUCCGUUCUUCCACAUUUCAAACACCAGUCAGCUGUGACUGGGGAUGCCCGACCACCUUCCUCAUUUUCCCUGUGACCCCGCCCACGGGCGACCACCUAGGAGUCGGUCUUCGUGACUCCCCCAACUCGAGUACGAGCAUCUUUUUUGGAUGCACUCCCACUAUCGUCCUGGGAGUGCCAGUCUUUUUCCGGGUGAAUCAACAUGCAAGUGUCAAGACUCGCUCACUCGGGGCAGCCUCACCUGUCAGACCAUCCCUGGUGCGUUGCCCGGGUCUGGUUUGGUCCAGGGCCUUGCCAGCACCGUGGGAUGCUUGUUACUUCCAGGAACACUGAGCUCCUGCCAGCUUGAGUUCAGCUUUUGCUCUGCAUGCCUGCAGGAAUGUCUGAAGCCGAAGAAGCCUGUCUGUGGCGUGUGCCGCAGUGCUCUGGCGCCUGGCGUCCGGGCUGCGGAGCUGGAGCGGCAGAUCGAGAGCAUAGAGACCUCUUGCCAUGGCUGCCGUAAGGAUUUUGUCCUAUCUAAGAUCCGGGCCCACGUGGCUUCAUGUUCCAAAUACCAGAGUUACAUCAUGGAAGGUGUAAAGGCCACUACCAAGGAUGCAUCCCUUCAGCAGAGAAAUGUCCCAAACCGAUACACCUUUCCUUGUCCUUAUUGUCCCGAGAAGAACUUUGAUCAGGAAGGACUUGUGGAGCACUGCAAACUCACUCACAGCACGGAUACCAAGUCUGUGGUUUGUCCCAUAUGUGCCUCGAUGCCCUGGGGAGACCCCAGCUACCGCAGUGCCAACUUCAUGGAGCAUAUCCAGCGCCGCCACCGCUUUUCCUACGACACUUUUGUGGAUUAUGAUGUUGACGAAGAUGACAUGAUAAACCAGGUGUUACAACGCUCCAUCAUCGACCAAUGAACAGGGUCCUGGCUGUCCACUUCACUCUAGAGCUUCCAUUAUGCAUUAGGUGUGAGCCCUUGACUCUUGUACCUCACAUGUAAUGCAGAUGUGGAAUUGAGCCAUGGCACCAGACAGGGUCACUUCAAGGGUGACGGGGCCCUAGGGCAGAGAGAGCCCUGUUUCCUCUGGGCUCUUGUCAGCAUUGUCUUCCCCACUGAUAACCUUGUUUGUCCCAUGGUCUGCUUUUACUGCACCUCAGCUACUGCCUCCUUUAAGAAGAGUUCAACUGCUUCUCCCACACAAUCUUCCUUCACAUUCAUCCUGUUGUCCAGUGUUCUCUCUCAGGUCCUCCUAGCCAGUCAGGACCUUCCCUGGGCAGUGACUAGCACAAUAAAGCAGGGACUCCUCCUUCCCUUGGCCCUGAGGUGCCUUGGUUCUGCGGUUUACUGGGCCAGGGCUCUGCUCCUCUUCUCCGGGGUGACAUAGCAGUCUGCUGAUGGAGGAAGUUUUGGUUACUGCUGUUUUCCUACACCCGCACCUCCAUCCGUAUACCUGAUGGCUUCUGUCCUAAAUGCCUGACUGUGCCUUUUUAGGACAAAGUGUCACCAUAGAGUUGUAGUGAAGAUGCUGGGUAGCGAAGAUGGGUGUGUUCAUCUCUGAGUAGAGAGAAGGUGGAGAGGUGGCCUUUUGCUUUUCUUUGAUGCCGAUGAGUGUUCUCAGGUGGCUGGGUCAGGUGCCCUCUGUUGAGUGUCUGCUGACAUUUCUUGCUCUGAGAGUGUAUUGGAGGGAGGCUCUGACUGCUGUGUGCUGCUUAGUAACUUAAUGGACCUGAGCAGUAUCGCUGCCUCCCUGAGCAAGCCUGCGUUUUAACCCUGCCUUUCAGUUUGGAAAGCGUGGUAAAGCUGGGUCAUGUCCCUGGGAAGUUAAGAAAGUUAGACCUCUGCACAGGAGGGAGGGAGGGGUCUGCUGCAGGCUUUCCUGAGCAGUAGCUGGGGAUGCAGCACAUUAGGACACCACUGGUCUAACCACAGAGCAGACCCUCGGACAGACUAGAGCUUUGGGGUGAGUUCUUUCCAGCCAUGUGGCUCUGGUUUGUCCGAGACUGCAUGCAGCAUUGUGCUUCUGACUGCACACCUCCACAGUGGCAUCUCUGCCUGCCAGGGCGAAGCCAGCUCAGAUGCCAGCAGAGUCAGUCCAGGAUUAUUCUCCCAACGUCCCUGCUUCUUCACUGUACUCUGGAAAGGUUUGCUCAGGAGAUGUAUGGAGGGAGGUUUGGUGAGACCUUGCCCUGAGGAACUGAGAAAAGCACAGCUGUGCCACAGUGCAGCAGGAGCCUCUUGUCCUGCAUCACACUCACUGUUUCUAAUGAAAUGACUUUCCAGAAGGAUGGCUAUGUUCUGGCUUUUAGGAGGUGAAAUAUAAAUAAAUUUCAUAAUUUAUGCAA